CAUGUUCUCUGCUACUUCCAGUUUCCUGAGUCUGGAUGGCUUGGGGACGCCCCGCCGGAGAUGGAGCUGGGCCCCCGGAGGCCUCUGGCAGCGUGGGGAAGCCGCCCUAGUCCCGCAGCCUCGCGGAGGGGCGAAUUUCUCCCGGCGGGAAGGCAAACUCCGCUUCUACGCCCUCUGGUCUCUGCGCGAGCCGCCCCGGCAGCUCAGUAGCAAGUGCCGUCAGAAAUGUUACCAGACUCACUUACCACUUCCACUGCCCAAACAGCUAGUGGUCUUUGGUUUGGGUGACUGGAGCCACUAUUCUCAGAAGACAAGCAUCAUUGUGGAAAUAUUAGUGAAUCCAAAUGUUAAGCCACAAAAGAUUGGCAAGCUGGGUCCUGAAGCAAGGUGUUUGGUAUGGGAAGGUGACUGGCGAGUGGAUGUUUUGAUAGCUUCGCUAAAGCAGAAAGAGAAUGGUAACCCUGUUAAGCUUCUCUUGACUGUCGAGGAACAGCUGCUCAACAGCACCCCCACCCGCCCAUUUCAGGCCACAGAACCUAAUCAGUCACCUGUCCUUCCAGAAGAUACAGGUCAGCGAUUGGAUGAGCCACAUGAGUCUAAGAAUCGGAGUUCAGCAAUGGCUGUUAAAGAGCCUGUGCUUGAAAGGAAGGAGUUCUCUCCACCCAUGGAAACGCUGCUCAUGCUUCCUGCUCCAGAAACAACUGCUGCAUCGGUGGACUUAGAGGAGGCCAGGAAUAAAACAUGUACAUCUAAUUCAGCUCGCCUAAAGACCAGGAGGGUUCUCUUUGAACUUUUGGCAUCCAACAGACAGCAGGAAUCUGAAGACUUGGAAGUUAAAGAGCUGCAAGUAUGUCCAAGCCCUCGGUGGUGUCAUGCCAUGUGCCUGAGUGACCCUGAAACUGCUGUUCUGAUCGGUGGCGAAGGAACUAAUCAAAAUUUUUGCCAAGAUGCCCUGUGGAAACUGGAAAUUGACAAUGACUUCUGGUUCCCCAUGGAUCUCCCAGCACAAGGUUCCAUGCCACAGUGUUCAAGGGGCCACAGUGCCACAUUUGACCCAGAGACCAAGCGCAUUUACAUCUUCGGGGGUAUGAGGGAGGCAAAGCGCUACAGCAACAUCCAUGUUCUGGACACGGCGUCUUGGAAGUGGCUUCAUGUGUCUGCUAAGGGUAAAGUGCCAACGCUGGCUUACCAUAGUGCAACCAUCUACCGAAAGGAGCUAUUUGUCUUUGGAGGAGCUUUCCCUAAAAUGUCAUCCCUGGAGAUGGGAGCUUGCAGCAACACACUCUUUGUUUUCAACCCCGAGUAUGAGAUCUGGUAUCAACCCAUUGUUGAGGGGGAGAAGCCCUUGCCUAGGCUUGGCCAUUCGGCUACUCUGCUGAGGAACAAAAUGAUCAUAUUUGGGGGCCAGAAGACUUCCUUCUACCUGAACGACACACACAUCCUAGAUCUGGGUUUCAUGGAGUACAUUUCAGUUCCUUUUCUCUCUGGACAACCUUCAGCUCGCAGUUUCCAUGCGGCCAUUCCAGUGUCUGAUCAGAAAGUGCUUAUAAGCGGAGGCUGUGGUGUCAGAGGAGCCUUUCGGGAUGCAUUCACGUUCCAUCUUGAUACCUUGACUUGGAGUGCAGUCAAGCAUAGUGACCUUUGCUCUGUGCCCCGGGCAGGCCACACACUGCUCAACUUGACUUAUGCCCCCCAGACGGAUGCAGAUAAGGAGAACCAGGGCAAGCACAAUGCAUGCACGGUUCUGGUCUUUGGGGGGUCAGACCGUGCUGGCAAGUUCUACAAUAGUACAAGCAAGCUGCAGCUGGACCUCGAGGUGACAAGGCCUUCCUUGGACCCUGCUUGAGUCAUUGGGAGUCCUGUGUCUGGACCAAGAAGGCAAGAUCAGAAAGACUGAAUAUUGGAAGAGUACAAGUGGAUGGGUACAGGAAUGCCAGUGGGAACAGAGGUUGUGAAGACAACAUCAUCCCUCUCUGAAUACCUUGCUGAUGAUCUUGCUGGUUUCAUCCCAUGUAGGAGAAACAAAAUGGGUUUUCAGGAGAUCAGGCAGAGGGUUUUUACUUUAUUAUUUGCAUUUUGCACUCUGUCACUUCAGCGUAAUCUCCCCCAUCCCUCACUGUUGCUGCUCAUGAACCCCAUAUUCUAUGAUAUGCCCUAAACAGUCAGUCCUGGAUGUAAUAGUGCCUCAGCUUAAUCCUUGCUAGUGGAAAGUACCCUGAAAAUGAAUGAAUAAAUACUGUGGGAUGUUUAUAAACUGAAGGGCAUAUAGAUUUUUGAAAGCUGGAUCUGGAUUAUACCAAUGCAUUUCUAUACCCUUCCUCCUUGCUCCUGUUUCUUCCCAUUCUAUUGUGUUCCUGCUUUUAAUCUUCUGUCCCCUGUCAGUUUAACCAAGCCCCACCUCCCCAGCAAAAAAAAUUAUAAUCCAAACCCAAAUUGUGUAAUAAAGCAUGUGCAAGAGUUGUGAUAAAAA